ACGUUAUACGACCAAAACUGUUGUAUACCCGCACUCUCGUCCGUGUUGGAAUAUAUGGAAUACAUUAACAGCAAACAAGCUGAUUGUAAUAAUUGGGUCCAGCUCGGAGGAUGGAACGGCGCCCCCGACGACGGCAAGAAGUUCCUGUGCCUCGACGAGAGGUUCCGCCUCGACCGCAAUGACUGCGUCGUCCUCUCCUUCGGCGUCAACAACGAGUGGUCCUUCGAGGAUGACGCCGAGAAGCUGGGCUGCAAGAUCUACGCCUUCGACCCUUCCAUGAGCGUGGACGAGUACCAGAGAUCAGCGAAAAUCAAAUUUUUCGGCGUUGGCAUCUCCGAUUUCCAAGGCGAGAUGGAGGUCGGCCAGCUGAAGGACGUCAGAGCGGGGAAGGCGAAGACACUCCCUGUCUACCCCUACGAGGAGAUCGUCCGGCGUCUGGGACUCGAAGGCCGCGUCAUCGACUUCGUCAAGAUGGACAUCGAACUCUCCGAGCUGGACGUCCUGCGCGACCUGCUGGACAACUCGCCGCACCUCCUCAGGAACAUCAACCAGAUCGCCGUCGAAAUCCACCACGACCUGAUGGAAGGCAGGAUGCGAGCGGGCAGCAACGUGCAGGAUUUCUGGACGCUUUUCCACCGCCUCGAAUGCGCAGGCUUCCGGAUCCUCUAUUCGCACACGGCUUCCAUAUGGCAGGAGAUGGUGUGGUCCAGGGAAAUACAUUGAUCAGACCCUUCGUUCGUUGCACUGUAUUGAUUUUCGUUCAGGCGACGAUCUGUUUUUGGAGUU